CCACCACGGAGGAGACCGCCUGCCAGCUUGUAACGGUAUAGCUGUUAUGACACAGUCAAGAACCCUCUCAAAGUCAAGUGCACUCGCAGAUAAGGCUCAUUCUCCAUGCCCGGCUGCCACCUGACUGCCCGGCCACUGCACUUCUCAGGAAGCGGUCACCAGACGCCUGACUCAUCCCAGGUCUGACUGCCCGUCAUGGUUCCUGAACUCCUGAUUCUUUGGGGGGCCACGGUGAUACUGCAGGCCGACUUACUUCCUGACCCAAAGUCGUCCCUUCUGCCACCUGUGAAUUUCACCAUUGAAGUCAUGGGUAUAGCUCAAGUCCUUUUACGCUGGGACCCAAACCCUGAACAAGCGCCCGGGCUCGCUAACCUGGAAUAUCACGUGAAAAUCAACGCCCCGUGGCCUGACGACUACGAGACCGGGACCACGCAGAGCACCUUCGCGGUCCCCCUCCACCAAGGCCUCUCGGCAAGUGUGCAGACAAUCCUGCAGGGCGGGCCCCUCCCGCUGGCCAGCAGCUGGGUCUCUGCAGAACUUCCAGCCCCACCAGGGUCUCCGGGAACCUCGGUCACGAAUUUAACUUGCAUCACAAACACUGUGGCGGGUCACACGCACCGAAGGCCCUACCAGGUCUCCCUCCGCUGCAGCUGGCGGGCCGGCGCGGCCGCUCCCGGGGACACUCGGUACUCCCUCUACUACAGGUACGGCCCUUGGACGGAGGAGUGCCGAGAAUACAGCACGGAUGAGACCCGCCGAAACACCGCCUGCUGGUUUCCCAAGACGUCCAUCAGCAGCAAGGGGCACGACUGGCUGGCGGUGCGGGUUAACGGGUCCAGCAGGCGAGCGGCCAUCAGACCCCUGGACCGGCUCUUUGCGGUGCAGGCCAUCGCUCGAGCAAAUCCGCCAGCCAACGUCACCGCCCAGAUUCAAGGAACUCAUCUCUCCAUCCAAUGGGACAAACCAUUUUCUGCCUUCCCACACCACUGCUUUGAUUAUGAAGUGAAGAUUUACAACACCAAGAAGGAUUAUUUGCAGAUGGAGAGGAUCUCCAGCAACGCCUUCCUCUCCGUGGUCGACGCCGUCGCCGAGUACUCGGUGCAAGUCAGAGCCGCCGUCAGCGCCGCCUGCAGAGCCGCGGGGCUCUGGAGCCCCUGGAGCCGACCCGUUCACGUGGGAAGCGAGGAGAGGAAGCCUCUGACGGAAUGGGUCCUCAUCCUGCUCACGGUGGCCGUCUGCGUCGCGCUGUUAACCUGCUCCCUCCUCUGCAGCACAUGUCACUUAUGGGCCAGGUUGUUUCCACCCAUUCCAGCACCGAAAAGUAACAUCAAAGACCUCCUGGUGACCGCCCACUGCGAGAAGUUGGGUGCCAGCACAACAGAAACGGAAGUCGUAAGUUUUGUGGAAGAGCCUGAAUUUGAGAUCUUGGAAAAUUCCGUGUUCUGACUCCAUGGAGCAUUCUCGGAAGGACUCACACCAGGUCUCAGCCGGCGACGAGAACAGGGACUGCUGUUUCUUGGCUAAGAGGUGUUCGGAACCUAUGGAGCACUCGGCAGGGCCCCAGUGGCACACGCCCAUCAUCCCAGCAGCUUGGGAGGCUGAGACAGGAGGAGCCAAGUUUGAGGCCAGCCUCAGCAAAUAAGUGAGGCCCUAAGCAAUUCAGCAAGAUCCUGUCUCUAAUAAAACAUGA